UGAAUCCCUGUAACUUCUUAUUGAUAUCUCUCGUUCUAUGUUCAUGUUGUAAUUUAUUCUUGGUAAUUUGUGUUACUUGCUAACAAAUUCGAGUUUAUUAAAUAUGUGCUCGUGUUUGAUUCAUUAUUUGCUAUAAAAAAUUAAAUCCUUAUCUCGAUGUAUAUGUUAUGCGGCAAGUUCCUUUCAAAACCAAUGACAUUAGAUGAACUCGAUGUGCGUUUUGGCCAUUUUACUUGGCUUGCGUUGGUGAUUCGUACAUAGUCACGUGACCUAAAGUGGUUUUUGGAUCAAUGGCGCCAAAUGUCUUUAACGAAAAAUGUAUGUAAAGAAUGAGGUAUUGGGUACGCAAAUUGAAGUGUCGUCAUGUAGUGAACGAUGUGACAUUCUACACAAUGUUACUGCCGCGCUCUAAGUGUAAAGCAAUAAGGGGAUCGUGAACAUGUAGGUUGUGAACAAAAGUGAGAGAGAUGUCGUUGAGAGGCACAAAGCGGGCGACUGGGGCGCGCGGCGAAGAGCCUAGCACCUCCAAGCGCCGCAGGAUGGAGCCAGAGGAUGCUCUCUGGCAACUCCGUCCUGUCAGUGACCUCAAAAUGUCAUCAAUAUAUAACAGAAGUGCCUCAGAGGCACCAGCUGAACUAUUCAGAAAGGACCUUAUCAGCGCGAUGAAACUACCAGACAACGAGCCGCUGACACCGAGCGAGUACUGGAUCAUCACUGACACUUGGAAGCAGGACUGGGAGAGAGGAGUGCAGGUGCCUGUCAACCCCGACUCUCUGCCGGCCCCAAAAGUCAAGAUCAUUGACAAUCCACCGCCGCCCAACUUUCAGGAAUUCAAGCUACCGAGAGACAAGUACAUACAUUUAAUUCGGGACGCACACUACCAGCCGGAUAAGCACAUAAUAAGUUCGACACCGGCGCGUGCCGAGGCCGCCUGUAGCUACGAUCUCGAUGCCACGGACACCGCAUGGCUGAAGCUGCUGAAUGCGGAGAGGGCGCGGGCGGGCGCCUCGCCUAUCACCGAGGACCAACUCGAAAAGGUCAUUGAAGAACUUGAGAUUCGGACUUGGGACAAGAUACAAGCUAUAAUGAAAUCCGAAGAGGGGUUGGGUAUAGAGUACGAUGAGAAUGUGAUAUGCGACGUGUGUCGCUCGCCCGACUCUGAGGAUGGAAAUGAGAUGGUCUUUUGUGACUCAUGUAAUAUCUGUGUGCACCAAGCCUGCUAUGGCAUUACCAUCAUCCCAGACGGUCAAUGGCUGUGUAAACCGUGCGAUGAUGGUGUCAGGCCGACGUGCGUCCUAUGCCCCAAUCUCGGCGGUGCCAUGAAAUGCACUCCGACUGGACAAAAGUGGGCGCAUGUAAGCUGCGUCCUAUGGAUUCCUGAAGUCUCUAUUGGUUGUGCAGAAAAAAUGGAGCCGAUUACAAAGAUAUCCUCCAUUCCAGCCUCGCGUUGGUCGCUUGUAUGUGUCCUAUGUCGCGAACGCAAAGGAGCCUGUAUACAGUGCUCAGUCAAAACUUGCAAGACUGCUUACCAUGUUACUUGUGCAUUUAAACAUGGACUAGAAAUGCGCGCUAUUAUUGAGGAUGAAAACGCUGACGACGGGGUCAAGCUGCGCUCAUAUUGUCAAAAACACAGUGUUAAUUCAAAGAAGGAAAAGUGUCCCGGAUCGGGCUCUGAGGAGGAAGAAGUCAAAAGAAAGAGACGUAAGGAUAUGACAUCUGAGGAAAAAACGCAAGCUCGUGCUGCUCGCUUGCAGGAGAUCGAGAGAGAAUUUGAUCGACACGUCGGCGUUAAGGACAUUAGCACACAUCUUUUAGACGUCGACCAAGACGCUAUACAAUAUAUCUAUAACUAUUGGAAACUAAAGAGGCGUGCUGGCCACAAUCGGCCGUUAUUGCCGCCUAAGUUCGAUGACAAUGAGCUUCUGACUCAUCGUCAAGAACAAGCUGAUCUUGACAAAAUGAAAAUGUUUGUACAGCUUAGGCAGGACCUGGAAAGGGUUAGGAAUUUGUGUUACAUGGUCAGUAGGAGGGAGAAACUUUCUCGUUCUUUCUUUCGUAUGCGAGAACAAACCUUUCAUAAACAAGUUGCGGUCUUGUCUGCGGGUGCCAGUAUUCCCGAAUUGGAACUUAAUGCUAUAAUUGAAGCCAAUCAUGGCCCCUCCAUUUAUGAUAGGUUGUAUUCCCAUCCUAAUGCUUUGGAUCAUAAGAAUGACUUCGAGGACUUGUUGGCGCGUAUUGCUCCUUUAGAGUCGGGUGAUGAAAAGAAAAAGGAUCGCAAUGGCUUAGUGCGACGUUCUAAGUCUUCAAAUCCGUAUAAGAAACAUUAUGUAAAUGGCUCACGACGUAGCGGUAGUAUGUAUAGCGGUUUAUCUAGCGAGGAGAGUGCUCCAGAAAUGAGUAGGACCAGUCGAUAUCGCGGAAGGGCCAUUGGAUCCAGUACGGAAGAGGAAGUUAAGAAGCCAACUCCGUCACCAAAGAAGAAGGUGUCACCUAAAGCAAAGUGUAAAAGAUCUCCCAAAAAGACUGAACGAAAGAAGAAAAAAGUUCCGCAAUCUAAAGCGGUCGUGGAAAGUAGUAGCGACGAUGAAUUACUGAAUUCUAGAAUGAAAAAAGAUAGAUCUCGAAGUAAAACUCUGCAACAAAUGGAGAAGGAAAUGACAGCGGGAAAAUUAGGCCAGUCGGGCACAGACAGUGAUGAAUUGAUGCCAAUUAGAACAACCAGGAACAAUAAGUUCCCAGUCGAUAUUUACUCCGAUAGCAGCGAUGAGCCAGCCAACAUAAAACCUGAAGUUAAAACAGAAAAAGGCAAGGCAGAUAAAACGCGACCAGAUAAGAAUAAAACAGAUAAAUCGCCAACCAGUAAUGACUCUCAGCAGCCGCUACCGAGAACUAAAGCGGCUAUGAAAGAGUUUAUUUCUACUCAACCUGAGAAAAAAGUUACUACACCAGAAGAAGAGAAACCUGCUCCUAAAAAGAGAGGUAGGAAGCCUUCUAAUAAGGACAAGAAGUUACCCGUCAAAAACGAAUCAGAUGAUGAGGCUAAAAAUAAAGAAAAUAUUAAAUUUACAAAACAAAAAGAUAAUCCAACUGAUUUGAUAGUUCCUCAAAGACAGGCAGCUAAGAAAGCAUCGGAGAAUAUGCGUUCCACUGCUGUCGUGAAAAAAGAUGAAGCUGGGACAGAUAAGCCAGCUACUGCAGAAGAAUCUAAACCAAAACCUAAACUGAAAGGUAAAGAUAAAGAAAUAAAAGAAGUACCAACACGAUUAAAUAAAAGAAAGUCAAAGGAAUUGGAGAAAGAACCUAUUGCUUAUGUACCACAAAGACAAGCAGCAAAGAAAGCUGCUGCUCAUAUUAAGAGUGGUCUGGGUAGCAAAGCACCUGUCGUUGAAACCGAAAAUGAUAAGAAGAAAGAUUCUGAAAAGCCAGAAACUUCGAAAGUAUCUCCCAAAAAGGACGAUGUAAAGGGUGGCAAGGCUGCACAAAAAGAAAGCUCAAGUUCUUCUUCAAAUUCCAGUAGCAGCAGUUAUUCAUCAUCUUCAAGUUCGGAAGAGGAACAGGAAAAACCGGAGAUGAAACCAACCGCUAAAGCGAGAGAGAUAAAGCCAGCAAUAAGGCAGCCGUCUAUGUUCUCUCCGCCGGGCACUAGGCCAACAGUGGACUUGCCCUUUCUCGACAAGGUGUCAAGACCGCUCUCCUCGACCAGUGGCUCCAGCGAUUCUGACAGCUCUAAGGAAUCCGAAAGGUCGGGCUCGGAAAGUCCCACUCCGAAAAGGCCGCGGAGACGCAGGAAGGGCAAGAGCGUCUCGACCGAUGCAUCCCCGCGCAAGGCCCCGGACAAGAAGCUUAAAACUUCCGAACGGAGGUCCGAGUGUAGGGUACCAUCACCGGCUUCUGAAGGAGAGGAACCGACCCGACCCAACGACACGCGUGCUGCCACACGUGCUCGGACCAGAAGCACUACUGCAAGCGGAAAUUUGUCUGAUAAGCCUGAUGCCAGACUUGGAAAAACAUCUAAAGACGACACCAGUGUCGCCUCUGGAGCCAAUAAAAGUUCCAAAGAGAACGUCCAGUCCUGUGAGCUUCCACCUUCGGAGCGGAAAACGGACGAGGCGAUAAGCAUGGAAGAUAUUAAAGAAGAGGCAAAGGUUGUUCCUACCAUUAAUAAUGAAAUAAAGCCGAAAGUUUCUGCCAUUACUAAAACUAGUGUGGACACUGAUGAUAAAGAUAUGGUUUUGGAGACCGCAAUUGCACCGAUCAAACCGAGUCCUAAGAAGACUUCAGAAACGAAACAAAAGACAUUAAUGAACCGGCGUAUGAGCGUGAAAGAACCACCAAAAGAACAAAAAUCUCCUUUACCAGAAAUACUUCCGAUCGUAAAGGAGGGUAGACAUAGCGAGGAAGAGAACUCUAAAGCUCCAAUUGUUGAAUGCAAAAGUUUAUCACCAAACAAAAAAUCGCUUUCUUUAGAAAAAUCUCAAGAUGUCAUAGAAAUAAAAAGUCCUAUUAGAAUCGCAGAUGAUUUCCACGACAAUGAUGAUAAACAUUGGUUGCCAAAAGCUCCCAGUCCUACAGCACAUCCAACGCCUGUGGAAAAACCGGGUGGAAAUGAAAAAUACAUGACUGAAGAUAAGUCAUUAGAUUCCGAUUCAACAGAUAAGAGCAGUGUAAAAAUGAUUGCAAAAAUACAAGCUAAUCUCAAUGAGAACACCAUGAUCAAAUCACCUAAAACUCCAAUGGACGCUCGGACAAAUUCAAUGGAACAUAUGGAUGUUGAAAAUCCUAUGAUACGGAACAUAAGAAAGCGUUCUAUACUAGACCCUGAAAAGAAAUUCAUAACACAAGAUGCCAGUCACGUCCAGGGAGUGGAAAUUUCUAAGAGUGCUAAGAUACCUUCCGCUGUUAAUCCGUAUCCUAAUCGGGCAAUGUUUUCACCUCAACCUAAAGAGAAUGAAUUAUUUGAAUACGAAAUGGUUGCGAUUGAUGAUGGAUUUAAUCAUGACGAUAUUAUGAAACCUUUCGCGUCAUAUCCAGAGUUUUUCUUUAAAGAGGACUCAAAAGAACAAGGCGUUCAAGAAACCCUUAAUUUGGUAGACAGAUUGAGGAUGCAGCUCAGUUCCAAAAAGGUGAACGCAGAAAAUUCAACUCAAGAAAAUCCCAUUCCUGUUACUGAAAAGGAAGAUAAAGAAAUGAUAGAAAUCGAAAUUGAUACUAAGCCAAUCAAGAGUGAUCACGAAUCUGAAACUGCUGCACCGGAAAAGGAUGUCGCACUUGAUUUACAAGAUAAAAGGAUAGCGUCUAAACCUUCGCCUGUUGUCGAUAAACAUUUGCCCGAACCCAUUAUGCCGCUAGAAUUGUCCACUAGGCGUAAUAGUGUAGAAAAUAAAGAAUUUCAACCUAUUGCUAUGACAAGUAGCGAGAAAUGGGCAACUGAAACUGUGACUUCUCACAUUGACCUGUCAAUGAGUCAAUCUAACGACAGGAAAUAUGAACAUACAAAUUCCUACAAUGAAGUUAUUAAAGAACCGGCCACGGUUCAGUCAGAUGUGCAAUCUAUUUCAGAAAAUGCAGAUACGAUAUCGCUCUCUAAACAAAGUGACGAUUCACAACCGCUGUCUGUCGUUGAUCAUUCCAUGCUAAGUAAUGACCACGACAUUACACAAGACAAUCAAAAUUACGACAAUAAUAACUCUUUGCUACAUUCUGAUUGCGCAACUAUUUCAUCACCAUACAUAAGUCAGGAAAAGUGGAGGGAGAGUAAGAUAACCACUAGGAGAUCUUCUGCAUCAAGCACAAAUUCUGAAGCUUCCAUAAUGUCUCAUAAAACGGAUUUGAAAUCUCGUUUAGGUGUAUGUACUGCUAGACAAAUCACUAUAAUGCCGGAAAUUGAUUCUUAUCCGCCAGUACCGGCUUACUCAUGCCCCGUGGAACCAUCAAUGCCUCUUAAUCAGUAUUCAACCUAUCCCCCCGACGCUUCGCCUUUCUUGACUACAAUGACAUUACCUUUAUUUACAACUGGCCCAUCUUCGCAACUGUCUUUGCCCUCACCUGGUGGAAUAUACGCCACUGGUCUAUCCUAUGCAAACACAUCACUAUUACCGAAAGCAUCAUUUCCAAUGUGUGCGGCCUUUACAUCUUCGUCGCAAAAUAUUGCGAUAACUACAGCAAUGAUAGCUUCACCAACACCUAAAGGGCUGGAAUCUCCUAGAGAUGAAAUUGAUGUAACAGGAAGUGACAAAUUUUCUAUUCAUGUUGUUUCAAGUCCCAGUGUUAGUGUAGAUUCUUAUGAGGCCACAAAUAGGACUAAAAUGUCCAAUGAUAGUAAUGAAGCAAUGAUGAAUUUACAGAUUCUUGAACCUAAGUCCCCGUCGAAAUCCAAUAAACCUAUGACUAGAUUUCCGACUAAAUCCCCUGGUAAAAGUCCAGGUAUAUCACCAAAGCAGAGUGAUCCAUCGAAAGGUACCAAACGUUCUAGCACUAGGAGCAACAGAAGUCAACGUGGUCGAGGUCGUUCUAAGAGUCGUGGGCACGUCUCGCAUAGUUUCCAGUCGCUUGAUUACACCAGUAAUUCAAUUCAAAGUAAGCUAGUUGGUACAGUUUACGAUUUUGACGAGGAAAUUGCAAAUGAUGGUGUAGAUCUUAAAGCUCUUAGGGAGAGAUGUAAAUCUAUAGAUGUGUGCAAGUCCGAGGACCGAAAAUCUGAUCAUUCAUAUAAAGACCGAUCUCGAUCUCCUGAUGUAAUAAGCCCGCAGCACAGCCUUAAGAAACCUCCCACGGAGGACAUAAAAGAUGUCAAAACAUUCUCCCCAGAAAACGAACGGGUAGCUUCUCCCGAUAAUAGUUCGCCAGAACGCGGAUCAGGAUUUUCUCAAGUCCAUCCAGUGCUGCCUGGCCCCGUUGAUAUGCGUACAUAUCAACCCUUUGAAAAUCCCGUGCCAGUUGUAGGAGACGGUUACCACAGCCAUUUACUAGCCUUUGCUAGCGGAACAGCUGACCAACAUUUACCUGAUAUAGAUGAAGAAGUCGAGAACCAACUACAUAGUGCACUAAUGUCGAGCAACCCGAAGGAGGGGUCACCCUCGGCGGUGGCGGUGCCCGAGCCCGUCACUCAGCCCCUGGAAGUGAUUCCGCAACCCAAGGUAUCCUUAUCGGAUUCAAGAAAUCAACUGAAAGUGAAAAUUAAAGGUCCAUUUUUGGAUGCUAAUUAUGCUACGAGCUCAUCGCAGCCAGUGGCGCCACCGCCCCCGGCUCCAGUUCUAGAGACGAAUCCGAGCGUAUUUAAUACGGCGGGCGCAUCUGGAUCCAGCAUGAUGAGUGGGUCUACUAAUUUACGGCGUAUGAGAAAGAAGGAAUUGCUUCGUCAGUAUUGGACCCAGGACAUGAACAUGGAUGAUCCUGCGGCCUCGUCCGCUAUGGUAGCUCCACCGCCGGCGGCUCCAUCUCCUCUUACGCGGGCGGUGAUAACGAUUCCAAAAGCGGUAGCCUCUAUGACCAGUAUCCCCACCAGGGAGGAUUAUAAAAUUACUGAGGCUCCAGUUGAAAAGAAAAAACGAAAGGUCACAAGUGGCCUAUCCAGAGAGCUGAGGCAUUUGGAAGUGAGCAUGAAUGAUGAUGUGGAUCCUUCAGAUGAUGUCAAAUUGUCUACCAUUGCCGGUACGUCGAAUCAGACUCAUAAAAGACGCGGCCGCGCUUCUACAAAACCAAAUAAAACUGCCACUUCGCCAGUGGCACCAAAAUUGAAAAUAAAGAUCGGCCCAACUAAUGCAGUGCAUCAAGUCAACGAAGAGCCUUCCAGUGCUCAGUUCCGCCCGCCAAAGAAACGAUUAAUUCAUAAGCCAAGUUUGGAGGACAUCCGUCGCGAAAGCAUGAAAUUUCGACGGAAGGUUAUGGCCGAUUUUGAGGAGAAUGAAAAGGAAAAGAAAUGUAAACUAAGCAAGACCGAGAAACGCAAAAAGAAAAAAGAUAAGAAGUUGGAAAAACUGGAGAUCAUUAAGAAAAUGGAAGCUAACAAAUUGAUUAUAAAAAUAAAACUGCCAAAAGAUGAUGAAACAGAGAAGAGUCCCGAGAAUCAGUCUUCAGGUCCGGGACCGAGCGGCGCAGCUAUGGCGGCCGCCGCUGUUCCAGAGCCUCCCGUGGACCCGUUCGAGUACGACCCAACGGCGCCAGACCCGCUCGCCAUAGACACACCGUCCUACGCCGAGGCGAGCUCUGCAAUACGCAAGAUCCGUACAGCGAAGGUGACGCCGAUCCGGUUAAAACUAGCGCGCACUGCCCAGGGCUCCGGCUACGUGAUGAAGGACAGUGGCGACAACAGCGCGGUCGAGGAGGCGAGCGCGAGCACCUCCGCCGCCACAACCGCUGCGACUGCGCCCCCCGCGUCCCCCGCGUCCCCUCUGCCCAUGGCCCUGAAUAAACACUGUGAAGUGAGGUGAUACAGACCGCGCAACAAAAAAUAGGUGGACAAUGUCGCAGGACCCAGCCGCCUGCGUAAACUUAUUAUUGUUGUACAGUUGCCGUAACUUAGUGUCUGUAUAUUUUAAAAUAAUUAUGUCUUUAGUGUAGUUUAUUAUAAUAUUAUUUAUUUGUAUAAAUGGAAAGCUCAAUGAUUAACUUAAAGUUACUGUAAGAAUAUAGAGCAUUGUGCAUCGCGUGAUACACAGUAAAUAUUUGAUAUGAAGAACAAUGCACACAUGUUCAGGGAAAAUUUUGGAGUUGAAGUGAAUGCUUAAAUCUAUAAGUAUGAGAAAGAGUGAAAAUGUUUAAAGGAGUUUAGAAUAUAAUGGAAUCGAAAUCUUCAUACAUAAUAUUAUAGAUUUAAUAAUUUAGAAAUUACCAAAACAAGACCUUUAUAGCGUAUCAUAAUAUAAGACUGCUUCAUUAUUUUGAAUGGCAACGAUUUCGUUUUACAGCCAAGAAAGCUAUUUUUUCAACAAGCGUAAUCAAGCAGUCUUGGUAUGAUGUACACCAAUCUAAUUCGAUACUUCUUUAUCCAUUUUUCACAAUUUCAUAGUUAUGGAUUUCGAUGUUUACAGAGUGAGAAAUUUACCCUUUUAUUUACAUAUAAAUAUUAUGUUAAUGUUGUUCUUUUGUGGCUCGUAAAGAAUCUCAUUCGAUAAACGGUUAAAGUAACCGUUAACUAUUAAGUAUUUAUACUGAGAGCUUCGCCUUCACAACACGUUUUGACAUCCUGCUUAGACAUGUGAUUAGGAUUAUUUUGUUCACGAUUUCCCCGUUAAAUAUUCACAUUGCGUAUGGCUCAGUGUAAUUGACUCUCCUCUUUGUUAAUUGAAAUGUGAGAGAACCAUCGUGUAGAUAAAGAUACAACUGCAGAUAUAAAUUAAAUAUUGCGCACGUGACAUAUAAUAUUCUCUCUUUAGCGCACGUGACACUAAUUUCUAAAAGGAGAAUAGCACAUUACCACGCUUGCGUUUCAAGACUUUGCGUUGUAAACUUUUCUGGUCUCUGCGUACUGCCGGCAGUAACGUCAAUAUGAUUUAUAAAUAUAAUUAUAUUAUAAGUCGUCACCAUUUCGAAAGACAUUCUCACAAAAUAAGUUAUUAGCUAACUGAUUAUAAUUAUUGAUAAAAAUUCUUCAGAUAAAAUAACUUGUUUUUUACGGAAACCGUACCCUCUGUAUGGUAUAUGAUUCAUUAUUUACGAAUCUAAAAUGUCAGUUUUUAUCAGUUGUCAUUAUUAAACCUACCACAUUUCCGAAAAAUAAUGAUCGUUAUUACUACCAGUUAUUGUAUUUAGUCGUAUUAUUUACUUUGACAUAAAAAUACUAAUAUCUAUGUAUAUUUUUUAUAUGAACAAUAUUUAUCGCGUCUCCAUUGUUACCGAAAUUUUAUUUUUAUAGACUUAUUAUAAUUUUGCAUCGAGUCAUUUUAGUGAUAGAGCGAUUAGCAAAUUAUAGAAUUUAUUAUUGUUUUUUUUUUUGUUAUAUAAUAUGUGAUUUAUUAAAUACUCUUGACAUCAAUUUAAAAGCAGCACUAUUAUAUAUUAUUAUGUCUCGUUUUGUUUUUUUCUUUUUUUUUAUAAAACUUUUCUCCUAAUAAAAUCAUUAAAAAUAUGUAUGCAGUGUUUUUUUAAAGAAUAAGAAUAAUCAUAGCGUAAUAUUUAUUUAAAUAAAACAUUCUCGAAAAUAAAUUAAAAAAGUAAUCAUCUUAAAUGUAAAAAUGUUAAUACAAUUUUUAGGUGGAAUUAUGAAAUAUUUGAAUACGAAUGUAACAAAACUCAAAGUGGUCAGCCAAUUCCACUGGGAGCCAAAUAUUCAUUCCAAUUUUUUAUCCUCAUCGUUGGGUAAUAACCAAAGAAUGAAAAAAAAUAUGUUACUCGAUCAAAAUGGGCAUUAAUUGUUUUCGUUUUUGAGACACAAAUUGUAAAUUAUACAAAUAAAACGAAUGUAUGUUAGAGUUCGCAUAAAAGUAUCUGUUGUAAAAUAAUUUCUUACACGUGAUUGAUGUUUAAUGUUAUUGGAGAAAAUAAAAAUAAACAGUUCACACUGGGCCGGAGUGCCAUCGGCAGAUAAAUAUGAAAAAUUGCAAUUUUCCAAACGCUGGCCGUUUGUACAUGAAGCACGGGUCCGAUCAACACUUCAGCCUAGUGUCCUGUAAAAAAAAAUAACGCAAGCUUCAUGAGGCCAAUGUGUACCUAUAGAGGGCAUUUUUCUUAGCGUCAAUAAUCAUUCAUAACGACUAUAUUGAUAAGUCUUCAUCGCGAAAACUUGAUGGCCGAAAUCAUGUAAUAUAUUAAAAAUAUAAUUUUAGUAUCGGGACUCUCACUGCGGUGAGUUUCCUCCGUAAGAAUAGGAUAUAAUUAGUUUGCAUGCAGAUUCCAUUUCCAAGUGUCGUAUUAUAAAUUGAUUAAAAGGCUCAUUGGCCACCGUAGUCGACUUUCCGCUAAUGAACUAAAUAAAGUCUUAUGGAUUUCAAGAUAAUAGAGCACUACUGAUAAAUUAAUGUUUCAAUGUAAAAAUAAAGUAACAAUGGCUAAGGCCUCAUAUGUAUAUAUUUUAUAAUAAAACCUUGUAUGCUGUGUGCUCUGUUAGCUUUAAUGUUGAUAUCUAUUUAUUUUUGUAUCUCCUCAUUAUUAUUACCAUAUCAUUGUGACAUGUAUAUUGAUUAUUGUUAAGGAUAUAAUUUAAAAUUUUGCGUUUGCCUAAACGAUCAUUCGAAUGUUUAUUUGGUUUUUAAAAAAUGAAAUUGUUUUCACAAUAUGUUUGUGCAAUAUUUGGCAAUACUCAUGGCGUAGUCAAUAUUUCGUGGCAGUCGAUAACGUACGAUAGCAUUAAGUACAUGUUCGUUAAGGUUAAGAUACAUCUUUGAGAUAUUCUUGUUUUGUAAUGUAAAUAUUAGCAUUAUUCGUAGCAAAGCUUUGUUCAAAAAAUGCGCUGAGAUGAAUUUCCUUGUAUCGUUUUGCAUUAAUGUGGAAUGAGCUAAUUCAUUAUGUACAUAUAAAUACUUUCGUGUUGUUAGUAUAUGACGUCGGUCGACUACUGUGAAUAUAAUAUAUGUGUCGGUGUUAUAUCCGUAAUGCGUAAUUUGGACAUUGUCUUAAAAGUAGAUGAAAUAAUAAUAUCUUAUUGUAGUGUCGGUUAGGGUGUGACCACACUGAAACGCCAAAGCGAUGCAGCGCGACUCGAUGCUACUGACAUAAUGUGAGUAUUAAUAAUUAUUAAUACGUGGAUUGUACAAUGACGUGCCAUCGCUGUAGCCUUUCUGUCUGGUUGCUGUUUAAAUGAGCUUAGUAAUAAAAAUAGGUACACCACAAUUUAAUGUGAAAAUAUUAACUUAGAUUGUCUAGCUGUUUACUUCAAUGGAGUAGAAUUUGAAAAAAUAUUUUUAAUAAUAAAUGUAACAAUUUUGUAUUCAGUGGAGUAGUUUAAUGUGACAUAACAGUAGCACGGUUAAAUUAGCACAGUUACGAACAUUGAAAUGUGUUAAUUGAAAAUUACGUAAUUAGUCAGUUCAAUUGAUGAUUAUAAACUUCGCACUCAAACCGAACCAUAACUAAUAAAGUUCUUAAUAUAUUUCGAUCAAUAGAUUACAGAUCAAUAAAUUAUACUUAAUUGAAUGUGUUAAAUAUAAUAUUAAAUACAAUUACAAUAUUUGAUAGGAUAGUAUCGAUCUUCACCUGCCGUGUGCCCAAAAUCUAUUUGAGACUAAUCUCUGUUUCGCGUUCAAUUCGAUCAUUCAAAUCCCAAUAGGUAAAUCUUUGUUUCGAUAAAUGUUUUAAAAUUUACAUUACUCUACUUUUUAUACUUUUAUAUUUUUUUAAUCCCUGUGGGAAACUAUAGAUGUGUACUUUGUUUUAUUACUGACACAUAUUUAUUUUUGAAUGAUGUUACAUUAUUUGUGAGGAUACAUUUUUGUAUGCAUUUAUUUAAACAUCGUGAAUGGUGCCGUAGGGUAAUCUAUUUCUUUCUACUCGUUUCAAAUUUCCACAUAGAUCACACGUAAACCACCACAAAGUAAAUUAUAUAAACAAUAUAUUAAUAAUUGUACUUUGUGUGUAUUUUUUGGUAUAUUAAAUAAAUAUAAUCUUUUGUAAAAAGAACCUAUUCUAGUCGUAAGGGUCACCGGAACAUGAGAGAAUUACGACAUUCAUGUGUAUACAGAAAUAUUUUUAUUUGUUUAGUUGAUCCUUAUAGUAUUUUAGGAGUAACCACAUUACUGCUGAUAAUCUUCUGAUAUGAUAGCGUCGAUGUCUACGGGCCAGUCUCGGCCUACGAGCCAUUGUAUUCGACUCGGAGGUCCUCUCAUACUUUUUAAAUAUUAUAUCGACUGGUCUCUCUUACCGAUUAUAAUAAGAAUUUACAUACGUGUGAACAAUUUAUUACCUAAUAAGGACAUAAAGUAGAAUUGAAUUAUUAAUUUAUUCCUGUAAUCUAUACGUAGUGGAACGUAUUUGUGUAAUUAAAUGUGUAUAUUUUUGAUUGGUAGUUUAAAGACGUGUCUAUUCGUGUUAGUAUAUAGUCUGAGACCCCUCUGUUCAUAUAUAGUUUCAGUUAUAUUUGGCACCGUUUCUCGAUAUUUUCAUAUAUAUAAUAAGAUCUCAAAGAGAUUAAUUACUUUCAAAAGAAUAUUUUUUUUAAUGUGUAUAUAUUUAUAUAUUAUAGUUUCAAAGCACGCAUUAAGUUUACUAUGUGGACUGUUAGGGUCAAUAUGUGAUGUUUAAAUGAAGUCGGUUAGGGAUGACCAUAGUCUAUCGUGUUAUAACCAUAUUAGAGUAGGACGCACGUGUGUGCGGAUAAAACAAUGACAUCAGGCGACUAGCAAAUUUUAAAACAAUUGAAUUAAUGUGUUAUAUAAAAAUAUUUUCUUUUACUUUAUAUUAAAUGGUUUACGAUCAAAACACUGCUUAAAACAAAGAUUGAAAUUGAAUGAAGCGAUACAAAGUAAAGAAACAUUUACCUACUCUAUAUAAUCAUUAUUAUAACUAUAAUUACAAUUAAAGAAUUUUCCAAUUUAAAUAAUAAUUGCUAACAGUGUCUUUCGGUUUUUGCAUGACAAUGUCAUACGCAUAAAUAACACUACCGUGGUUCAUAUUGUUUUAAUCAUAAAAUUCUUCACUUACUGUCGAACUUAUAGCUCUAUUUGCAUAUUAUUAAGAUUCAUGUAACAAUUCCUAAACAUUACUAUAUCUUAAUAAAGUGUCGCACAAUCCAGCCUCAUUAAAUACGACAGGUAUGUGAAAGAGCUGCUGUACAGAAAUCGCGAAUCUCGCGCGGUCAUCCCUAGUCGUAUAGCCUUAGGUGGAUAAUGGAAGAAUAUGAUAUAUGACACUACUGGCGCGCACAAACCACGUAACAGCUACUCAUAAGACAUCACAUUACAACAAUUUUAUUGUGUCGACCAUUACCUUGUUACUGUGAUUUGAUUUAAUUUUAUAUAUUGAUCGAUUAGAUAUUAGGAAUAACUUCGUAUUCGAGAUUCCGACUGAAUGGAAUAAAAAUAAUCACUUUUUGAACUUGUACAUAUUUCAUGAAUUUCAUUUUGUUGAUAAAUAUUUUUUAUAUGAUAUAAAAAUAUAAUGUAUGAAUGUACUUCUUAAUAUUUUGGAAAAUACAUAUGAGUGUAUUGAUUUUUUGGUACUCUAUAUUGUCGUGUUAUUUAGAUUUCGUGCUUUAAGCGCAUGAUUUUAUAUUGAGUAUUUUAAUUCAAUGAAUGUUUGUUAUUACGAAAACAUGUAUGGAUUUGUAAUUUACAUUUUAUCUUAAGUGGAGUUAAUAUGUGUGUGCGUUGUUGACACGUUAGGUGUUAGGCUCGUAAGUGUGCGGUAAGAGCGCGUGCGGGCGUAGUGUAUGUUUAGUGCGGGGACGCUGUACGCGACUCGUUGCCCUUUCGAAUUUGUUGGAGCUUACUCGACUUGUACUAAAGCCGACUUCAUUACCUAGCGUUAGGAUGUAGUUGAAAGCUUGCGUUGACCACUCCGGCGCGCGGCGAGUGUCGGUGCGAGUGCGUUCGCUAAGCCGGUGCGCGCGCGUGCGUACGUGCGUGCGUCCGGUAACACGCGACACACCAACACCGCGCUUGCAUCAUGUCACUGUUAGAUGUAAUGCCUUGGCUGACCGUCUCGUACCAGUCAUUAGGUUAUAAAAUUACACACAUAUUUAAAUUAUUAGCCGAUAUAAUCAGAUAAGUAUUAGAUUUAAGAGAUUAAUGUCUUUAUAUCCUUAUCCUUUGAGUAUUAAGAACAAUAUGUCUAUUCGUUUUGAAAGUAGAUGUUUAGAUUGUAUGUUAAGUGUGACUUGUACAAAUUAUUUAUGUACAGUUUGUAAAAUAAUUAAGUGAAUGAUGCUAAUGUGGCAUGUGGCCCUCACUGCCGUCAGAGGAUAAUUGUAACGCGGGUUUUGUAAAUAGUGUACAUGCGGUCGUGUAUGUAAUAUAACAAGUGUUUUCAAUGUGCACAUAGUCUCUUCAUUCAUUAAUAAAUUUUUUAGAUCAAUUAAUCUUAA